AUGUGGAAAGGCCUUAACAAGGAAGAAACCAAAAAUCAAGAAAUAAAGAAAAAGAAACCAGCAGAAGCAGCAGAAAGAAAGCGGACCAGCAGCAACAGCAGCAGAAAGAAAACGAACCAUCAGCACCAGCAGCAGAGAGAAAGCGGAAAGACAGCAGCUUCCGAGAGAAAGAAGUACAACAGCAGGCAAGUCCCAGGAAACCAGAUAAAUAAGAGGCCUAGUAGUAGCAGUAGCAGAGAGAAAGUCGAAGUAGUAGCAGGAACAGGUCCCAAGAAAUUCGUCAGAAAGAGUGAUAAUGAUAAAUAUAACGAUAAGGAUAAAGAUAAUGAUAAUGAUAAAGAUGACGAUGAGGAGGAGGAGGAGGAGAAGGAGGAGGAUGACGAUGACGAUGACGAUGAGGAUGACGAGGACCAGGACGAGGAUGAGGACGAUGACGAUGAGGAUGUCGAUGACGAUGAGGAUGACGAUGACCAUGACAAUGACUAUGAUGAUGACGGUGAGGAUGACGGUGAGGAUGACGGUGAGGAUGAUGGUGAGGAUGACGGUGAGGAUGAUGGUGAGGACGAGGAUGAGGACGAGGACUAG